UGCAUAUAAAAAACACGCGCACAAUAUUAAGUGUACAGCUACACAUACCACGAAUUCUCUUCGUAUUUUGAAAAUCAAUAUUUAAGACUCUCAGGUAUUGCAGGUUAUCUGGCUUUCACUUUUACAUUUGCUGUGUUCAGUGAAAAGCUAUCAAAAGACAGCAAACUAGUUUGGUAAAAUUGGUGAAUGUGAAUCGUCUACAAUGGACUACCAACAUGUUCUGGUCUAUUUCAUGUGGACUUUCACUGCAGGACAUUGUGAAGUCUUCAUACAAGAACAGAAUCACUCUGGACCGGGUCUCUGCAGAACUCACCAUCAAAAACGCCACAAAUGAAGACAGUGGAGACUAUUUCCUAGAAAUGAACAUAAACAACAAGCCUUAUACUUUCCAGCGUACAAUUGAAGUUAUAGACAAAGUAUCCAAACCCAACAUAUCCUGUGAGAUGAGCGACACAAAGCAGGCGACACUUGUGUGCUCAACAGAGUCCAAACAUCCUCAUUUAUUAAAGUUGAAGUGGAGCUCACCAGGAAAGGAGCAGACUGGACCAAAUUUAACAAUAACUGUCAGGAAUGAAGAUGAUGAUCAAGUUUAUCGUUGUGAUGUCAGCAACCCUCUGACCAAUGAAACGGCUUCAUUCACCGCUAAGGACUGCUUCCCGGGUAAAAGAUCAGAUGUUCAUCUGAUUAUCAUAUUAGUCUGUAUCUUCAUUCUGGUCAUCUUGUGUUGUGUUUUAUACAUAACACCUCAAUAUCUAAAAGUGUCCAAAGAGCGUGAUGAAAAGACAUCCUUCUUAGACCAAGUACUCACUCUUACCUCCAACUCAGGACUGAACGUGUUGACUGAGGAUGAGAAGAUGGAUUCAGAAGGAGCCAUGCUACUCACUGCUUCUGUUCCUGCACUUCAUUCCUCUUCAACACACUUAAACACUAUCACUGAACUUUCAGAUACCAGCAAUGAUCAGCAAGUUCAACUUCUGAAAAAUUCGGAGGAAAUGCAUGACUGCAGUGGAGUGACAGUCAGUCGUUGCAACACUUGGCCAGGAACCAGUUCUACAGAUAAAAAAUAAGGAAUACUUCAGGGAGAAAACAAAGACAUUUACUUAAACAUAAAGAACUAACCUUUUGAAAAAUAAGUGAAGGAAGCAAUCUAUGUUAAAAGGCCAUUUUGAAACAAAAAUGGAGGUUGUAGCAACAUCCAUUCAUGCAUUUUCUACCGCUUAUUCCCUUUGGGGGCGCUGGUGCCUAUCUGACAAAUUCUCCAACAACUGGAUAAUUUUUUUUUUUCCCAAGAUGUCGCCGCUGUAGUGGCUGCUGGUGGCAGGAGCUCUGUGCUCUUGUGUCAUCCUUCUGUGUUCCUGGUGUUUCCUUCUUGUUUUCAUGUCGGUUUUGUUUUUACUUUUGGUUCGGGACCCUUUAGGACUGUCUGACAAGGGGUGGCACUUUUGAGACUUCUGCGGGGCUUUUUUGUGGACUUCUGGAUCUGCCUCCCGGGAGCCUUUUGGCCAUGGAGACCAGCUGCUGGGUCUCUGCCACACCAGAGUCCGUUUGGAGAGACUGGAGGAGACGCGGAUGAAGAGACAGAGCUGCGGAGCUGGUGCUGAGCGCCGGGACGGACGGGCUUCACAGUGUCUUGGCUGAAUGAGCAGGUAUCGGACACCUCGGUCUCCUUGGACGCAUCCUCACUCAUCCAUGCAGACUGGACACUGGCCGAGAGUUAGUGAGCGGCCGAGUGGCUCUCUUGGUUGCUUUGUUGGGUCUGCUCCUGUCUCUGGCCAUGCUCCCCCGACCCCAGCAGAUGAUGGCGUGGAAUACUGCAGAGGCCACCACAGUGUAUACAUUUUUUUAAAUUUUAUAUAUAUUUUUAUGUAGCUGUAUAUAGAAAUGGCUGGUUGCAUCAGCUUUGCUCUUUUAAUGUCCUUUGUGUUCUUUGAUGUUUCCCUCUUACACACAUGCUUAUGUGUGCUGUGGCUAUGAGUUUUUUCCGUUGGCCGUAGUCUGGACCCCCUCUCCAGGGGCCCAGGCUUAGACUGAAUAGUCUACCUGGACGUUGGAGUCUGCAAUAAAGCUUGAUUGAAAACGUUUUCAAAUAAAUAGAUAUGAAACUGUACAUAUAUGAUGUAAAUAUUGUGUAUAUAAUUUAUAUCACUAUAGUCUAUUUAUACCUGCAUUGUCCUUUCCAUUCUUACACUUUCCAUCAUUGUAACUGAGCUACUGUGUGGAACAAUUUCCCUUGUGGAUCAUUAAAGUUUGUCUAAGUCUACGAUCAAAAAAGUAUGAAGGUUCUUGGAAAUCCAAAUGUUGUUUUUAAAGAUUGAAAACCACUGGUUAAGACGAUACGUAUUUCAGUAAUUGUAUAGAACAGACGGACCUGGCCUUGAGGAGGAGACGGUUUUAUUUUCAAACAGUUGAAAAAAAAUACCUCCUAAGGCAGUGAGGAGCAUUUAAUGAGCGAGUGAAGGCGGUGAAAAUAGAAAUAUUUAGUGUGUGCAUUCAGGUAGAAGUAGUGAGGCACUGUGCUGCUAGUGUUUCAGUGAGACAAAGGCACCAGAGUGAGCUACAGUACAAAGUGUGUGUAGAAGAAGAGUGUAAAGGCGGCACCAUGGCAAA